UGUUUUUUCAGAUGUUGUCCUCGGGCAAAAUUAGCCAAGCUACAUUCACAAAGGUGAAAAAUGGCUUCGAGCGACUAAAGGAUACGUUAAAGAGUGCGCAGAGUUCUGAGAUGCAGCUUUUGGGAGAGGCAAAGAGGCAUCAGGCUGAGCUGGAGCGGCUCCAGGUAGAAGUACGGAGCCCGGAAGAGCAGUGGGGCCCCCCUGAGGAGCCCGAUGGUGAGGUCAGCAAACUGAGGCGACAGCUCCUGCAGGCGCACAAUGAACUGCGAGCUGCUGAGGACAGAGAGCAUGCAGCACGGCACGGGUUGCAGCGUCUCCGGGAAGAGAAGCGGCAUCGAGAGAGAGAAAUUCAAACACAACCUGCUGAGCUGGAAAGCAACACAGACAUGUUGAAGGACAAACACGAUGCUCUGAAGAAAGAAGUGGCCCAGAGACAACUGGAUGUCAGAACUCUGAUGGAGGAUUUGGAAACGCUUGAAACGCUGCUAUUAAAAGAACAAAAAGAGCUGGAAGAAAAGAUGGAGAUCAUUGAAAUCAAAGAGGCUGAGAAAGCCCAGCUUGCCUGCAUACCGAACCGGAUAAUACAGGAAACCGAAAGAAAGCGCUCGUUAUGGGAAGUGGCAAUGAAGGAGAUGGAAUCGCUGAACACGGCGCUUUCGGAAGCGAAGCAUCAGAUGAGGAGUGUGAAUGAGGAUAAUCAGUCCCUGGAGGUGAGGAGGGAGGAGGCGAUGCUGGAGCUGGAGCGGCUCAGGGCCCGGAUGGAGGCGCGUCAGCGGGAGAACAGACAGCUACUGAAGAAGCAGGAGAUCAGCAGGGAGGAGUCGUCUGAAAUCAUGGGCAGCAGGGGUAUUUUGGAAAUGAAGCUGCACAACCUCAUGACUGAUAGGAAGCAGCUCCACGAGAGCCGAUCUUUGCAGCUCCAAAAGAAAAAUAAGCAGGUGGAGGCCCUGAGAAGGAUGGAGCAUGCCGUAUCCAUGGCCACUGAGCGGCUAGCGCACACGCAAUCCGUCUACAAGAACAUACAGUCGCAACUGCUGGUUGCCAUUCCCGAACGAGAGGCCAGCGCUCGGCAAAGGAUGGAGCUGCAGAAGGAGAUUGAUGCGCUCAAAGCCGGCUUUGAAAAGCAGGUUUCUACGGCUGAAGAGGAAAACCAGAAGAAGCAUCAGAAUGGGGUGAUUCAAGAGCUGCUUAGGGAGUCAAAUCACCUCAGAGAUGAACUCCUUAGCCUCAGAUGUCUAACACAGAUCAAAGCGGAGGAACGGAGCAAGAAGAACCGGGAACGUCUCAAGGCAGAGCAACUGAGCGAGCGCAUCCAGCAGGAGCUCAGAGAGAGAGAGCUGAUCAUCAUGAACCACAAGAAGCUCAACGCGGUGCUUCAGCGCAGAAUAUCACAGUAUUCAAAACUGUGUGACACGUUCCUGGAAGAGAAGAAUAAGUAUGCGCGGCUGAAGCAGAUUGCCUCACAGACAAUCUCCGAAUUGACGGAGCAACUUAACAUCCUUGCAAACGAGAUGGAAAUCCAGCGCUCUAUUGCUGACAGCAAGGACAGAUUGCUGACAAAGGCUCGCAUGAAGGUCUCCAGCAGCUCCAAAACGAGGGAGAAACUGCGUAAUGAGAUCUCUAAGUUCACAUGGAAACGACACCAAAUCCGUCAACGGCAUGAGGACAACAAACUGGAGUUAAUGAAUCUCACCCAAAUGAUCAAGUUCCACGAGGGGAUUCUUCUGGACGUAAAGAGAAGUCAUGAGAACGCCAUCCAAAGACGCAAUUUUCUGGGGUUACGGCUCUUGGAGCAGGACGGAGUUUUGUCAAACUUUUACGACCAGGCGAAGAACCUGGAGGCGGCCGUCGCCAAAAACUACAACGCAACCGAGACGGCGGAGAAGGACGCAAGAGAACUGCAGAUUGAGAUUAACGACGAGAAGAGGCAAACAGACCUGAAGAGGAGGAAGGUGCUACUCAAGAGGAAACAGGAGGAGGAGAUCAUCACGCUGCAAAUCAAGCUGUCGGAAGCAAGAGACGCGACCCUGAAAAGCGUGACUCGUACCCUUCAGUGCCGGGAGUUAAAGGGCGACGACCCACCGUCUCCAGAACUCGUCAAGAAAAUGGAGCAGCUGGAGGCGAACUUGGCCGAGCGCGAGCGUCAGCUGCUGGAGAAGGAACUCCAGGUGGAGCGGGUGACCCGGAUGUCGGAGCCGCUGGGCCAGCAGGCGGAGAGCUGCAGGCUCCACAGCCUCUCCGUGGCAAAGAAGCUGAAUGAGGCCCGGGCCAAAAUCUUCAACAUCAACCUCUGUUUGAUGGCCGUUUCCGCAGAAGUGUCCAUGAAGCAGGCGGUCGCUUUGUCUGAACACCGACAGAUGAAAGAGAGAGAGCUGCAGCUGUCAGAAGCCAGAGACGAGAUGCUGAAAAGCCUCGUUGAGUCCAUUGAGUCGGAGGACGAGGCCUCGCCAAAUUCAGAACUCGACAAUAAAAUGGAGCAGCUGUCAGAAUCCAGAGACACGAGGCCAGAAAGCAUCAAUGAGUCCAACGAUUCGGAGGACGAGGCUUCGUCACCUUCAGAACUUCACAGAGAAAUGGAGGAGCUGCCUGAGCGUGAGAGUCAGCAGCAGCCGGAGGGAGAAGGAGCGGAGCAGGAGGUCGGUCCGUCCAAGCCGCUGGUGCAGCAGAGAGAGGUCUCCAGACCCGACGGGCUCGACGGCCUCUCCACGUCAUGGAAGGUGCCAAAGGUGCUGUGGUGGUUUGACAAAGAGGAGGCCGGGAGGAGGUUGGAACGAGACAGGAGGCUGAGGCAGAGGGCAAGAGAAGAGAAAAAGAGGCUUGCUGAGGAAAAUAAGUGGAGGCAGCUGCCAAGCGGAGUGUACACCACAGCCGAAGCUCGCCCCAACGCGUACAUCCCCCUGGACGACCCCCUCGGUCUGCCCGUACCCUUCGGACGCUUCGCGCCCAUCAAACCGCGCCCACAGGGGGCCUACAUGAGGCAUUAUCGCAAUCUGACAGUGAAAUCUUGGAACUUUUAGAGAAAAGAAAAAAAAAAAAAGAAUCUUGGCAACAUUUAAAUUUCUCUUGUCUUCUUUCAGUUUCACCGGUAUUCCUUCGUUCCCAUAUCUUUUCUGGAAGUGUUUGAUGUGAAAGCGAAAGUAUGACAUCGAGUGUUUUGUUAGUACAAUGUCUCCCUGUGUGAUUUCACAAUCGCCACACUGCCUAGCAACACAUCAGCACCGCUCAGACCUCCUCUCCCUCGAAGAUGAGAUUAAUUUCUUAAACUAUUCCCA